AUGCAUACUGCUGCAAAGGUAUUGCAAUCCGGUUUCUAUUGGCCAAAUCUGUUCAAAGACUGCUAUGCUUUUGUGAAGACAUGUGACUGUUGUCAACGUACUGGAAACAUUUCAAGGCAUCAUGAGCUACCAUUAACUAAUAUGCUCGAGGUGGAGUUAUUUGAUGUGUGGGGUAUUGAUUUCAUGGUUGACUAUGCAUCUAAAUGGGUUGAAGCCAUUGCUUCACCAACAAAUGAUGCAAAGGUGGUUUUGAGGUUUCUACAGAAAAAUAUCUUUACUCGUUUUGGCAUGCCUAGGGCAAUAGUAAGUGAUGAAGGUACACAUUUCUGUAACAAGCUGUUCAAUUCUCUUCUAGCUAAGUAUGAUGUCAAGCACAAGUUGGCACUUGGUUAUCAUCCACAGUCAAAUGGGCAAGCAGAGUCUUUAAAACACCAAUUGGAAUGUCACCCUACCGUCUGGUAUUCAGGAAAGCUUGCUGUGAAGAAAUUGAAUUUAGACAUGAAAUUGGCCGGUCCACAACGCUUGUUGCAGCUUGAUGAGUUGGAGAAAUUUCGGAAUGAUGCAUAUGAAAAUACAAAGAUAUACAAGGAACGGACAAAAAAGUGGCAUGACAAGAGAAUCCUAAGUAGGGAUUUCAAGGCAAGAGAACGAGUUCUUCUAUUCAAUUUUCGUUUGAAACUCUUUCCUGGCAAGCUCAAAUCCCGGUGGUCGGGACCAUUUGUAAUUCGUAAGGUGUUCUCUUAUGAUGCAGUGGAGUUAGUAAGCAUGGAUGGGUCUACCUUUCAGGCAAAUGGACAACGCCUCAAGCAUUACUAUGGAGAGGAAAAUCGGGAUGUGGAAGAAAUUACCCUUGAUGAACCAACUUAA